AUGAUAGGAUUACAGUCCGCAUGUUAGACCGGGGUGCAUCUUCAUCUGCAGCUGAGCCGACUGGAUAUCCAGGAGGGUCGUACGAUACGUCUCUUUUGGUGAAGUACGAGCAUCAUGUUGCUCGACAUUUAUGGUUUGGUGAGGUAAGUAAACGGGCUAUAUUUAAAAAUGAAUAAUAGUUGAAUAUGAUUAGGAAAUUGAUUAGGAAAUCGAAGUAUGAUUAGAUCAUACAUUGAAGAUGUAGUUAAUGUUGAAUAAGAUGGUAAUUAUGGAUUUAGAGUCAUUGCAUCAUUGCAUGGAUAUGGUGAGGAUGGUUGGCCAAUGGUUCGCAGAGAGUUGGGGUUGGAAAUAAUAGACAAGGAUAGGUCAACUUUGUAUGACAAGUUAUUUUCUAAUCGGUUGUCAGAAGUGAGAGAAUCUUUGAUGAUAAAAUCCUUUGGUUCACAGCCACCUGAAAAAUGGAUGAGUCUACCAGAUAUGGGUUACUUGAUAGCGAAUCGCUAUAAUGUUGUACUUGUCUGUUUAGGCAAUCCGUGCAUGACUUUCUUUCCGAUGACAAGUUCACAUUCACCAAAUGUCUCUAUUUAUUGCAUUGGUUUUGUUAACCACAAUCAUUGGAUUCAGGUUAACAUGAAAAAGGGGUUUCCAUUGCCACCGGUCACAUUAGAUUGGAAGAAAUUUCGUUCUCAUAUAGCAACUACUUGGAUGUUAGGAUUUGCAGGACGUGUGCAACAUUGA